UAUUGCAGAAACUGGAGUAUGUGGUAUGGGGCCAUGAUAUACCCCUAUUGAGUGUCCCUUAUUUUACAGUUUCAAAAUUGUUGUAAAUUUUGUGGAGUAAAACUUUUUUAAUGUGAAAAAAUUACUGAGUACACCUUUAAAUCAGACUGGAUUCGUCCUCUUGAAAUAAAUGUCUAGUUUGGCAUAUACAUUUGCUGCAGUGAUGUACAGACAGCAAAAUUUGAGACGCUAAAUAGCACAACUACAAAAUUACAGCUUAACCAAGCGUGUGGUGUAUGAAACAUAAUGAAUCCCAGUUAGGGAAACGGGAUCAGUACAGUUCCAGUUGACUGGGAUUAAACUAAUGUUAUUUUAAGACACCUUUAACAACGCGAUUAACGAGGAUUUGGCUGUGAUCCUCUUUAACGUUUUCUGUCAUCAUGUUUUUUUAGGAACGUGAGCAGAAAAACAAAGUCGUUUAAUUAAUAUACAUAGUAAGAUUUAUAUAUCAAUUAAUUAUCAUUUAACUGUAACACUAAACGAUCGUUUUAUUCACCACGCUAACCGGUCUGUUCUCUGAUUGGCUGUUUCCGGAAAGAACGAAGAUGAUUGGUCAAACUUUUCCCGUGUACUGAGACGCCACACAGUAAAUCGGCUCCGCUUGUCCACACCUACCAGAAUCUGUGAAGCACCUGUACGCUUAUGGAUUGCUGAGUUGUCUUCCAACUCUACUCUGCACUGGAGGUCAAAGCUUACUUUAGCUUAAAAACAAACAGAUGAUUCAUUGUCUUCCAUUCAUGCUGAACUUGAUCCAACUAGAAAAGCUUAGUGGGACAUAACGUUUCAUCUACGCUGUUAGAGCACUGGCAAUUUAAAGUUUGCAUCAUUUGCAAUGCCCAAAAGUGACGCAUGGCAAGAUGGCAAUGCCCUUGACACGAUGGGAGAAAUGGACAGUACUGGCAGCUGCGACAGUGUGGUCAGCUUCAACUCGUUCUUUAGUGAUGAUAGUCUGGAGUACCUCUCUGCUGAAGAGAAGGCUUGUCUCAUGUUCCUAGAGGAGACCAUUCAGUCACUGGAUACAGAGGAUGACAGUGGACUGUCCAAUGAUGAGUCUGAUAAAUUGCCAGCUCGAGGAAAUGUGGCUACUAAAGCAGCCCACCUCUCAGCGUCAAUAGGACUGAACAAGCUCUCUGCUCAAGACAUUCCCAAACGCCACUCUGAGGGUCCAUUAUCAUCUGGCAGCACAGUGCAAAAUGACAUUCUAAACUAUAUGGUUCCUACUCCAUUUGUCCUGGCAAACCGAAACGCGCAAAUUCCAGCCAGACCUGGACUGGUUGAAUCCUGUAAAAAGGAGCCACCCAAAGUGAAGAUGGCUUCUGAAAGUCCCAAACUGUGCCAGGAAGCUCCACGGGUUCCUUCAGAGGUCAGUGUAGUUGUAAUACCACCUCCACAUAAAAUCAAAGGCAACAAAGAUACAGUCAUUGAAAAACUGAAUGACCCGAGACCAGAGAAAUUGCCCAGUAGAGGGCCCCUGUCUUAUGAGGGUCUGGUGUACCUGCGCAAGAGUGCAUCAAUGCGGAAAACCCACGCAGAUGAGUCUAAAACUGGAGAGAAGGAGGUUUCUGCAAAUCUUCAUCUUUCAAAUGUGGGAAGAACAUCUGGAUCCAAAAUCCUUAGUCAAAAUUCACAGGCCAUGGAAAGUAGAAGCUCCAAGCCCAUUCCCCCUCCUGUGGCGCCUAAGCCAAAAAUGAAAACCCCACAAAAAGCGCCAAUGAACCAGGAAGGAGCCACAACCCCCUCGAACAUGCCUUCCUCUGGCAUGUUACCAGUGGAUAAAUUAAUGAACCCAGAGAAAGUGAGACUAGAGGCUCUUUGUAAGUUGGGUCUCCUCAAAGAGGAAACAUCUAAUUCGAGGCAGCACAUGACAGCAGGACAGAACCUAACAUCUCAAAAAUUGAAGCUUUUACAAUCCCCAACGAACUCGGUGCAAAGUCAGACUACAGGUGAACACCUUCCAUGUAUCACAGCAAGAACUGCAGAACUGAUAAACCAACCAGUGCAGAGUUGUAACCCUCUCCACCAGAGGUCCGUGAGUGAUCUUUGCACAGCCCCUUCACGUCCACAACGUGCCAGUAUUACUUCAGUGGGGAAAGCUGCCACACUGGAGUGCACUGGCAUGGGUGGACAAAGUUGUACAUCCAAUCAUGGAUCCUCAAGUUCUAUCAACACAGACUUAAAUACAGUUUCUCAGAAUAAACAUUCUUGUUCUUCCCCACAUGGAACCAAAAACCACCUCAAAGACACUCAGAAAGAUGACAAUGAGUUCACAUUUGGAAAGGCCGAAGAGUUGGGGCAAGUAGCCUCAAAUACAUUUUCUCAGAACCACCAGUCAUGUUCUUCUACACAAGGGACAAAGAACCAUCUCGGAGACACUCAAAUGGAUGCCAGUAAGUCAACACUCAGAAAAGCCCAGCAGUCGAAGCAAGUAUCCUCAUCCCAUUCCAAAUCUCCACAUGUUCGAGGACUGAAUGUGCCAGUGCACAGCAUUGGAAAGGAUCGGAGAGAGGCACUACGAAAACUAGGGUUGCUGAAAAACUGAGGGUUGUUGACUGUAUCUUACACCAUAUCAACACCUGAUGCAAGCAGCGUGAAGCAUUGUGUUAAAAGCAAAUCGCUCCCAUUGUAAUGAAGGAUUCCGUCCACACUGAAUGUGACUGUUGCAUCAUGUAUCGGCGACAAUUUAAGACCAAAACACACUCUAGGCAAGUACUUGAAUGCAGAUGCUUAUAGUAAAUACAUAAUCCUGCAGUUCAUAACACAACGAAAGUACGCAUUGGCAAUACAUUGGCUAAGCACUCACAUCUGCAUACAUGUACUAGCGUAAAAUAUGUUUCUGACCCUACGGACACCCUGUUCUAUUUUUGACAUGCUGCAUGUGCUUGGCGCUACAGCUUAUAGCUGAUUGUCCAUGCAUAUCAUCUUUCGCUUCUAUGCGUCCAGAGUAGAAAGCCUCAAGCCGUUGAGAUGCGACAUGAUGCAACAUCGGUUGCAACGGGUAUAGAACAGGGUGUUACACAAAGGUAAUAAAGUAAGGCACUUUUAAUUGAUAAAUUAUGACUCUAAAUAAUGAUCACCCCGAUGCCUUUGCCAAAUGCAGCUCUGAAGAUUAACAUAUGUUUUAUUUUCCAGGUGACUUAAAUACCUUGAAUUUCAAACUGGCUAUAUAAGCAGAUUAGCAAUUAGUCUUAAAUUAGCCUUUGGUGUUGUUGUUGAAGGCCUGCUCUUAAUCAGUCUUUUAUAUGUCUAUAUCAAGCCUAUUUUGCGAUCCAGUUUUACACAUUGUUUCAGAAAAUCAAUUCAUGCUUUUUAUGUACUGCAAAAAAUAGUUCGUAAUGAGUUUUUAAUUAGUCCUUUUGGAGUUGUUUUCUACUAGAAAUAUCUAAAAAUGCUUUAAAUAAGAAACAUUUACAGUUAUUUAUUUAUUUAUUUAUUUACACAGCAUAAUAUCUUAAAGGUACAUUCUCUGAAAAUAAGUAUUAAUGUCAAAUGCAGUGUUACAUCUUAAGUAAGUUUGUGAUGUUUUAAGGAUUUUUUGAUAUUUGUACUGGAAAACAAGUGAAAAAGACUGAUUAAAAAAUUAAGAUUGCAUUUUUAUUUUUUUGUGGUGCAAAUACUUGUUGAACUCGGAAUCCUGGUUGUCUGUACCACUGCCUUCACUUUCAUAGAUCAUCUAUCAGUCAAACUCCUCAUUUUACAUGCCGGUCAGUGAGAUCUGACACAGCACUUCAGUGGAUUAGCGCAUUGUCUUGGGUUGCGCUAACAGUGUAUAUGUUACCUGUCCUCUCAGAUUCAUCUGUCAUUAAAGUUCUUUAUCUCAGAAUGUGACCUAGUUCAUGACUUACACUGAGAAUGGCUCCUUCUGUUUGGAUUGACCCAGUUAGCAGUUGCCCUUUCACAAUGAUCCAAGACUAGCUUGUCUAUUUGAAUCACAAACUAAACAACAACAAUACCUAACCUUAUUGCUAACCUUAAUCUUAAGAGCUUGCAAUAAAGGAUGGCAAUGGUUAACAACAGACAGAAAUCAACAAUAUAAUCAUAAAAUGUCAUACCUGUCUUUGUUUUAUUUUUUGUCAUUGCAUGGUUGCUAUGCUCCAUUUAAUCAGAUACAAAUGUAGUGCCUGAAUCAUAACCAUGUCUGAGGGCAGUGAUUUGCAUAACCAAUUGUUUAAACGUUUUCAGUUGGAGUGCUUGUGGUUGAUAGUCACACCGCAUCUGAUUGUAUCAUGGUGAAAAUAUAGUGCCUGAAUCAUUGCCAAAACUUUUAGAUAAAUAAAAAUACAUGUAGAAAGUAAAACAGGAUAUUAAAAUUGCUCUGCUUGUUCAGCUCAACUAAUGGUUUGAGGUGGGACUUUUUCUUUAUACAACCAAAGGAAGACAAAUUGUGUAUUCAGGAAAGUAUUUCGAAACAUGGGUGUAGAUUUAGGUAGGGAUGACAGGGACAUGUCCUUACCAACUUUCAGAAAAUCUGAAAUUUUCCAACCAAUAUUUGGGCAAUUUU